UCCGCAGGAACACAAACGCCACAUUGGACAACGUAGCUGGCAACCUGCUGGGUACUGCAGGGAGGAAGACAACUCUACGUUAAAGCAGCAGGCAGCGAAAUGAUAGUGGACCACUGGGGAUGUGUGUGGAGUCAAGUCUCCGUUUUCCGCUUCUGAUGUCUCAGUUGUGUGCACACCCCCCCUUUUCUUCCUCAGUAAUGAAUCAAAGAGCAGGAGGUAUCAGCAAAUCCAUAUACCGAGACACACUGUAUCCACUUGGUAUAAAGAAAAGCAUUGUACAUCAACGGUGACUUCAUACAUCUGCAGGUCCCCCCUUUGGUGCGCUGCCAAGAACAUUAGCAAGGUCCUUCUACAGUUUCUAUUUCUGGCUCUGGCGAUCAUAGAGCAGCAAUGAGAAAAUCCUGUUGGGAGUUGCAGGUGGGAAUUAAAGAGGUAGACGCCGAAGGGUUGUGCUUCCUAGCAGCGCUUUCGUAACCUGGGACUAGAGAUGUUUUGGUGUCAGAUCAGUGGAAAACAUCUGGAUCCACGGUAAAAUCGAGCAAGGGUAGAAGCGGGGAGAACAACAGUGAUAUCAGGAGAGGCGUCACGCUUUGAAGAUGUUUUAAAGGAAAAUCACAAUGCUGUCGAGACCUAAGCCUGGGGAGUCUGAAGAAGACCUUUUAGAAUUCCAGAACCAAUUCCUCGCUUCCCGCACUUCUGCAGCAGCAACUGUUGUUAGGAAAGCGGAUAAAAGAAAAGGGACCCCUGAAGAAGCCACAGAGGGGGAUGCGGGAGGAGCGGCAGAGAAAGAUGUUGUGUCACUACAGGAUUUUUCUGACAUGCCUCCUAUUUUGACACCGGGGCCAACUAAGAAAUCUAAGGUCGCUGAAAAACAGGUUCAUUUUGCUGAAGAAGAUCCAGAAUACAUAUUUGAAAAGCACGACCAACACAUCACUGCGGUCAUCUCAAAAAUUAUUGAGCGGGAUACAAGUUCUUCAUCCAUCACAGCUCCAGUGCCCACCGGGGAAGCCUUUCCUCGAGUCUUUCACAGGUCGGAGAUAACCAGUGCGGCCGUGCCAAAAUCUGGUAAGGUAAGCAUCUUUGCGCAAAAAAUGGCUGCCAAAAGAGCCUCAGAGGCAGCAAAGGGUAUGGAAGCCUCUACAGCCCAUCCUCCGCACGGUGCCUCUGUUGAUCUUAUGAAUUCCAUUCCCUCAGAUGAAAAUAAAUCUUUCCAUACAAGAGGUGUGGCACACGUAGACAAGUCCCAUGUGGUAACAGGCGAGGGUCUCCGUAGCGCUGCAGGUCAUGAAGAAGCGGAGAGGAUACAUAAAGAAAACAUGGAGAGACUGAAGACCCUUUCCCAGGAAGAGAUCAUUCAGGAACGUGACAAACUGAUGUCACAGCUUGACCCCAAGCUUAUUGCCUUCUUGAGAUCAAAGAGGGAGAACCCGACCACCCAAGAGAAUACAGGCUCAGCAGCGAAACCCCGGACUGUCAGUAUGGAACAUCCUCAUCAUCCAACAGUGACAAAUCCAUCAGAGCCGACCGCAAGCGAGGAGGAAGAAAAUCCAGGGCCGCUGUCAGCCGAUGAGCUCCCAGUAAAGCCUCAGAAGGAGUGGGUGCACAUGGGCAACGUGGAGUUUGAGAAGCUGGAAUGGACGAAGAACCUGCCGCAAACCAGGCAAAAGAAAACUAAGAAGGGGAUGCAAGCACGAUUCAGCCUAAAAGGAGACUUAAUCCCCCCAGAUGCUGACAUGCCUACUCAUCUAGGGCUACACCAUCAUGGAGAGGAGGCAGAGAGAGCUGGUUACUCCCUACAAGAGCUUUUCCAUCUUUCUCGCAGUCAGUUCAUUCAGCAGAGAACUUUAUCCUUACAGGUUCUUGGGCGUAUUGUGAGGAAGGCCAAACAAGGAGAGUUUGCCUCUAUUCUUAAGGGAAGUGUCCUACGACUGUUGCUGGAUGCUGGGUUCCUCUUCCUCUUACGCUUCUCUAUAGAUGAUCCCAUUGACAAUGUUAUUUCUACAUCUGUUGGUGCGUUGCAUUCCUUACUGGUAUCACAAGAAGAUGAGGAAUACUUGGAUAAGACCUUUUCUUGGUAUCAGGGAACAAAAGUCUUUCCUUUCAUACCCAAUCAAGAGGAGGGAGAAGAGGAAGAAGAGGAUGAAGAUGAGACCGAGAUAAACAUAAAUAAAGCCAUAGGAAAAGCAGAUAAGCAAAAAGAUAAAGAAGAAAAGAAAGCUGAUCCUGAUGUAGCUCGAUAUGAUGCCAUAAAGGGUCUUCUGAAAACAAAGUUUCACCAUCGACUGAGAUACAUCCUGGAAGUUGUGAGGCCACCUGCCUUAGUGGUCCUGCAAAUUUUGGAUAUUCUAACUAGAGUAGCCCGACAUUCUGCCGCAGCCUGCAGCCAGCUUCUGGAUUGUCCACGGCUGAUGGAGACGGUUGUACGUGAGUUCCUGCCCAUGCAAUGGAGCAUGGAAAUGGAAACUGAUACCCCUGGCCCUUCCAGUCUCCAUGGUGUGCCCUGCGCUGCAGCCAUGAAGUUUCUAAGGGUCUUAGCUUCCUCAGGUCGUCAUGCUGCUGCCAGACUAUUGAACACCUUUGACAUGAGGAGCCGACUCAGCAGGUUUGUGGCUCAGGAGCCCCAAGAUCUUCCUCUUGUUAAGGGAGAAGCGGAGAGAUUAAGUACAGAAACAUUUCGCUUCUGGGCUAUAGCUGCUGGAUAUGGCCAGGCCUGUGAUUUAUACAGAGAUCUGUACCCUGUACUUUUGGGAAUCCUCCAGUCCUUUCCCACUCUGAUCACCUCUUGCAAAGGGAACACAACCCCCCCGACUGCCUCUAUCCAUCGGGCGGCUGCUGUGAUCACUUUGCUUUCUCAUGUGUCUCAGACUGCGGCCUGUACAGCCGAGCUCGAGGCGCAGCUUCACAGCACAGCUGUAGAUACAGAAUCUCAGAUUCCUCCACCUCCUGUGUCCUGGGCUGACAUCACUGGACUUCUUCCUGUAGUAGAAGGAUGCCUGAGGAGAUGUCUGCAGGAAAUAUCCCAUUGUGACACUUGGGACCUUCUCCAACCCCUGACCACAACAUCCAUCAACUUCAUGGCUUCUUACUAUAAAGCAGCAAGUCGACAGCCCUCACUGAAUACUGUUCUAUGCAAUGAAGAAGUUGAGAAGCUGACAGAUAACGUGCUCCUACCUUUCCUCCGUCAUGCAGCUGUUCAAUCCAUGUGGGAUUCUCUCAGGUCUUGCUCUGCUGUGUCCAAUCCACUUUCCUGCUCCCCGUUGCCGGAGUCUGUGAACAGUAUUGUAACAUUAAGCUGCGCAGGAGGAAAGCCGUCACUCAGCCUGCCUGGAAAGAGUUCCCCUUACCCCAUCCUGACAGCUGUGCUCAACCUGAUCUGCAGCGUCACCAACAUCCACAAGGGGCUGGUCAGCAAGUUUUCCUUUAUCUGGGAAUACAAAGGACUUCAAAAUUACCUACGCAAGAUAAGUGAAUGCCCAAGCCCCCCAGUGACUCCAUCCUCCAGCUGGCUCCUGCGACACGAGUACCACCUUCAGUACUUCGUAUUAUCUCUGUUAUAUAAAUUGGCAGCUAUGUAUCCAGAACAUUCCCAGCAUGCAUCACUUUGUCAUUCUGUCUCCAUUGUCCUACUGAGUCGACUCCUGCCCGGCAGUGAACAUCUGGCUCAUAAGAUUAUUUCUUCCUUUACCUUUAAUCCAACUUUUAUGCCAGAAGGAAGCUCGGGAGGCCCUCAAGCAGCCGAUUUGUCGGAUAGGUUGCACAUUACAUCUGACUCUAAACAAGUGCCCCCUAGUUCCGCUGCCGCCACCUGUGUCACCCCAAGCCGUGGCACUCUCCUAGAAGAAGCCUUUAAAGAUCUCCCGUCUAUCAGGACUUGCUAUUUGACUCACUUCGCACACAUGGGACAAGCCCUGAACCAUUCCAGGGUUAUCUACCAGGAAAGGACUUGCUUUGUCCAGACUGCGUUGCUUCCGGAAGCCAAAGGUCCAGUUUUGCCAUCCGACUGGUCGUUCCUUCCAUUGAUCAACCUCUACAAUAAAGUGACCAAUGCGGAGACUAGAGGGAAUAUCGUGAACACUCUUCCUCCUGAUCUGGUGAACACCGUAACCAGGAACCUACAGUGGAUCUUUCUUUUGGAAAACUGGCGUCCGGGUUCCUUACAAGGUAUACCCAUCGCAGCAAAGCUGGCCCGCUUGGCUUGUGUGUUCCUCACAGGCAGUGACCUCUUCUUAGAAGGUCCUGUCCAUACGUACACGGCCGCUCUGACUGUUUUUUAUUGUCAGCCGACGUUCAUGGAGUCCCUAAAGCUUGACAUACCUCUUCCUGGACUGGCUUCGUUCUAUGAUUUUUACAUGGACCUUUUGGAGCAGUUUGAGGGGGUUUCAUUUGGGGACCCCUUAUUUGGAACGUUUGUGCUUCUUCCCUUACAAAGACGUUUCAGUGUCCAGCUCAGGCUAGCGUUGUUCGGGGAACAUGUUAGCAGCCUGAGAUCCCUGUGUGUGCCCCUUAAAGAGUUUCCCAUCCCACUGAGUUUCUACACGUCCCCUCCUGAAGACAACGUGCAUCUCUUGCGUCUCUAUUUCCGGACCUUAGUGACAGGGGCCCUACGUCAGACCUGGUGUCCCGUGCUCUAUGUCGUGGCAGUGUCUCACCUGAACAGCUUCAUUUUUUCACAAGAACACGUUGCUGAGGAGGUGGAUGCAGAAAGAAAAAGCAUGCUCAGGAAGACGCACCUCAUGGUGGACGUGGGUCUGAAGAAGCACCUCCUGUACUACAAACAUCUAUCCAGCACCAGUCCGGUGGGCUUUGAGUUAUAUGACGCUCUUCCCCCCCUUAGGGAAAAGUAUUUGAAAACGGUAACAGAGCGGCAACCACAGGCGAAAGAUGCAACAUAGGGCUAAGGAGCCAAAUCAUGAACACUAGAUAGGCGUCAUAAAUCCCAUAAGAAGAUAAGGUAUAUAUUAGUCUUAUAUGUUUAAUAUCCACAACCACCCAUUCUGAACACCAAAGGGAAUGCAGGGCAGACUGUAGAGCCGUUCAUUGCUUCCUGAAAUUACCCGCAAAUAUGUUUUGUGCCCAUGUACUGUCGGGACGGCAUCAACACAACACUUGACCGGUGGGUGCCGUCACUGCUUUUCACUGGAAUUAAAGGGGUACUCCGGCGCUAAGACAUCUUAUCCCCUAUCCAAAGGAUAGGGGAUAAGAUGCCUGAUCGCGGGGGUCCUGCCGCUGGGGACCCCCAUGAUCUUCCACACCGCACCCCGUUAGAAUCAGUCCCCGGGGUGUGCCCACUCCGGGUCUGAUUACUGGCGAUCACGGGGGCGAAGCAUAGUGACGUCACAGCUCUGCCCCUGUGUGACAUCACGGCUCUGCCCCUGUGUGACGUCACGCUCUGCCCCCUCAAUGCAAGCCUAUGGGAGGGGGCGUGACAGCUCCUGGAAUAUAUGGUAAAUGCAUCUUUAGACCAGUUUCCCAACCAGGGUGCCUCCAGCUGUUGCAAAACUACAACUUCCAGCCUUCGGCUGUCCCGGCAUGCUGGGAGUUGUAGUUUUGCAACAGCUGGAGGCACCCUGGUUGGAAAACACUGCUUUAGACUCCAUUACCCAACUGAGGCCAAAAGAGAAUAAUUUUGGCUUCUGUUCAGGUGGUAUACAGAAGGGCUUUGCCAUAUGGAGUAGUGCACAUGGCUGCCCUAUUCCAUUUUAAAGAUGAACCCAUCGAAAUGUACAAUAAAAAUAAACUAGAAGUCAGCAUUGGAUCGGUCUGACAGUGGUCGUCCAGACAGCCAAUACAAUACAAGAAAAAGGACUAAACAGGAAACUCUGGUGUCAUGUGCAAAAAGAGUUUUUAAAAUGUAUUGGUUCCCAAAAAAAAAAAAAAGACAUGCAUCGUUUCGGCUUCAUGUUCCUUUGUUUUCUUUUAUUUCUACAUGGGUGCCUAUGUAUGAUGAAUUACAUUAAGUGGCAUCUAUCAUAGGUACGUGUAUAUGUCAGAGCAACAGUGAAAAACAGGGAAAAAAUUAUUUGAUCCCUUGCUGAUUUUGUUAAUUGGUCGGUUUAUUUGAACAAAGAGAGACAGAAUAACAAAAACAAUAAAAAAUCUAGAAGAAGCCAUUUCAUUUAAAGGGGUACUCCACUGGCCAGCAUUCUGAACAUUUAGUUUCAAACGCUGUUUUUUGCGCUGCGGGGGUCGGCCACGCCCCCUUGUGCCAUCAGGCCAUGCCCGCUCAAUGCGAGUAUGGGAGGGGGCGUGGCCAACUCCCACAGCGUGAACACAGCAGUUGAAACUUAAUGUUCUGAACGCUGGCCAGUGGAGUACCCCUUUAAACCUAUGAUGAGAACUCCUGCUCCUUGUCUCUUUUUUGUUUUUUACCCUCUGAGCUCCAGUUUGCGAAAGAUUUUUCAGAUAUUAGCUGAGGUUUAGAAUUAUUUAGCCCUGAUCCCUGCAUUCAUUUUUCUUCCCUUCAUAAUUCUUUGUUGUGAUUUUGCAGAGUUCCUGGCAAAGGGGAUUAUUUGUGCUGAAUAAACAUUUAUAUUUUUCAGUCCUUUGUUCUUCUUUAUAUUUGUGUUACUUGGAAUGAUGUCUAGAAAAUUAUGUUUUGAACAUUUUAAAUUUUUUUAAAUUAAA